AUGUCAAACUUUAUCAAUUUGAUGUUUUUUAUAUGAUAGUGCAUGUAAUUUAAAAGUAUGAACCAAAUUAGCGUUAGUUGUAGGUUCUGUUGUCAUGUUUUUGUAACUUAGCUGGAGCAGACUCGCGUCGACGUUUAAGCGCGCAAAUUUGAAUGAAAAGACGUUGGUUGUAGUGUUAAUUAUACCGUAUUAGGUUAACUGUGAGAUGUCUGAUUAGAUACAACGUCGAACAUUUAACUUUAGCUUUACUUAAAGCUUAUCUUAGUUACUCUAACAGCGUUCUCUCUUUUACCACAGCUUCUACAUUGACCGACGAUAAAUAAAGUUAUAAGAGGCAGUUUGAACUAGCACUUGUCAGAGGUAGCCGGAAUUGAUGUGACGAGUGGAGCAAGCAGAAAAUGGAUGAAGUAAUGAUGAAAGAAGUGGUGCUGUCAUUCAUACCUGGUCUCUCUGAAGAAACUCUGACUUCACUGCUGUAUGGGUUGCAAGAGCUUGGUGUGGAAAGCAAGGAAGACCUUGCUUUGGUUCAAGAAAAAGACAUAGAGAAAUACCUUCGACCUAUUCAGUGUCGAAAGUUACUGAAUGGCUUUAAAGGACUCGCAAUAGUUCAACUGGAACUGGUUCCUGUCACUCCAAACGUUGUCCCCAGCUCCUUAAACACUCCUUCCAACUUCCCAUGCACUCAAGACACCAUUUCAUCUCCAUCCUUGCCGCUUGGCAGACCAUGGCAUGUAGCCUUCGAGGUCAACUGGGAUAGGAUGCCAGCAGCUAUUCGAAAGGCACUGACAAAUAAUACAAGACCAUCACCAAGCGAUAGAAAAGAUAUGGUUAGGGCAGUGGUUGAUCAGAUGUUGGAUCAUGAGCCUAACCCAAACAGAACAAUGUGUCACAACAUUGCUCGAAGCAUUGUAAGGAGCCAUCCGAAAUGUUUUGCUGACGUUGCAAAAAAUGGAGACAUGCUUGGAGAUGGUUGUCAUUCUUUUCUGCAGCAAAUAAAAACUAGGGUGGAAUAUAAAACCAGGAACAACACACUAGUGAGACGACGCAGAGAGAGGACGCACAGUCAGGUACCAGAUGAAGGCAGAGGCAUGACAAGAGGCCCUGUAGAUCAGUACGGCUGUGUAAGGUGGUGUCCUGUGGAAGUCCCAGUUGGCGAAACUGAGCAAUCAUUAGAUGGCAUCAAAAGUCAUCUCCUCAACAUCUACUCAGAGGAAGGCAUGAGUGGUGCUGAGAGAGCUGAACCUCUGAUGGAGAAGACCUAUAUCAUCCAGCGACGCUAUCUUAAUAGUGUACCUGCGCCAGCCAUUGCAGUUGUAAAAGAAGAUUGA